ACCAGAAUGAACCGGGGAUACACCGGGAACGAACCGGGAAUGCACCGGGAACGAACCGGGAGGCUCCGGCAGGGCACGGGACACGCGUGGCCGGUACCACGAGGAUGCUGCUCGCUGCUACCGGGGGGGCUUUUCUUUUCCCCGGGGGAUUCCAUCCCUUGGGAUGCAGGAGUGGGGGGCACCAUCACGGAGCCGCUGCUCGGUACCGGGAAGAACCACCGGGAGCGGAGUAUGGGAGUCAGGGGACGAAGUGGGUGGUCCGUUUUCCGCCGAAAAAACGGAAGCGGAGGUGGAAAAAAAAAAAAAAAACAAACCCAAAAAUCAAAAAAAAGCUCUCGCUGUCCCGCCCUCGCCCCGCCUCUCCGGCGUCACCGGUUAUAUAACGCGGCCGCGCCGGUCCCGCCCGCACCCCGCCGGCCGCUCGCACCGGGCGCCAUGUUCGCCGUGAAGCCGAAAGCUUUCAUCGGCUUCAACCUCUACUGCGGCGGCUCCCCGGGGCUGAGCCCCGCGGGGCCGGAACCGCGGCCGGAGCCUCACCGGGACCCUCACCGGGACCCUCACCGGGACCCCGCGGAGCCUCACCGGGAACACCGCGGGGCCACCGGCGGCAGCGCCGACCCCCCCCGCGCGCUGAUUGGUCGAGGCGCGGCGCCGCGCUCGCUGAUUGGCUGCGGCGCGACUCUCUGGCGCCCCGAGGAGGAACUGGACGGAUGCGACCCCGAACCCGAACGCGGCUCCGCCGCCGCCGCUUCGCUGCCCGGGACCCCCCCCGGGACCCCGCCCGGAGCUCCGGAUGGGCUCCGGCAGGACUCGCUGGAGCUCAUCAGCCGCUACCUGCGGGAGGUGGCUGGGGAGGAGCAGCCCAGCGCUAAGAAGCUUUUUCCGGGUCUUCUCGGUGGGCCCGGGCGGCCCGGGGCGGCGGGGGAUGCGGUGAUGGAGAAGGCGCUGGAGACGCUGCGGAGGGUCGGGGACGGUGUGAUGAGGAAACACGAGCUGGCUUUUCAAGGAAUGCUGCGGAAGCUGCGGAUCCAGCGAGAAGAAGACCUGCAGGCGGUGGUGGAGGUGGCUGCCCACCUCUUCAGCGACGGGGUGACCAACUGGGGCCGGGUGGUGACGCUCAUCUCCUUCGGAGCCUUCGUGGCCAAGCACCUGAAGAGCAUCCAGCAGGAGCAGGGCAUCGGCUGCCUGGCUGCCAUCAUCACCGAGGCGCUGGUCUCCUCCAAGAGGGAGUGGCUGGAGAGCCAGGGGGGCUGGGGGGGCUUCGUGGACUUCUUCCGCCUGGAGGACCUGGAGGGCAGCGUCCGGAACGUUCUGAUGGCCUUCGCGGGGGUGGCCGGCCUGGGGGCCAGCCUGGCCUACCUGAUCCGGUGAGGCUGGAGCUGCCAGGACCUGCCACGGGGCUGCCAGGACCUGCUGCAGAGCUGCCAGGACCUGCAGAGCUGCCAGGACCUGC